GUGCCCUCCGCGGCAUGCUCGCGGGUUUGAUUCUGGGCGAUAUUGCGCAGAUCGUUCUCGACCAGUUUCCGGAUCUGCAGGAAAAGGUCAAAAUUCGCCUUAUCGCGAGUUCGUUCGGCAUUGUGCUCGCGGCCGUCGGUGUCUUUCUCGGUUUUCGCGAACAAAACACGGACUACUUCUUUCUCGGCCGUGCGGGCGGGACGGUCAUGUUCCUGCUCUACCAUUUGUUCUCCAUUGUGCGACAGUACGACAAGCCGACCUCCAAACUAUUCGGCACUGGGAGGAAAAUAUCGCAAAACGAGGUCUCUUUCACGCGGGUGAACCAGGAAAGACGGAUUCUGUUUUGGCGGUUCGUGAAGCUCUACGGCGUUUGGCUCCUGUGCUUCAUCCUGUUUCUGUCUGCGAACCGGACUUUUUCCGAGCGGAUUUACCCCGAAACUCGGUCGUGGCUGCAGAGCCAAAUUCCCGAUUGGCAGUACACGAUCGCGUUCUUAGAGAUGCUACUGGUCGCGUUUUUCUUUCAGGUCUGGCUCCCGCUGUUCUUCCGCUUCUUGGCGCACGGC